UAAAAAUACCGUCGCCAUAUUGGUAUUGUCAAAAAGUUCGGAAUAUAUCUGUGCGAAUGAAAAAAUGGUUUCUCGUUUUAUAAUAAACGUAUUGAACGCGAUCGUGUGAUCGAUAGCAAUCUACAUAGACUUUAGAUGUUCCGUUCGUCUUUAUUAUUGUGUUUAUCGGUUGGCGUAUGAUGUUUUCUAUGGAGAAAUGUAUGGGUCGCAAUGGGUCUGGUGCCUCGGAGUCGGAUCUCAUCGGCGUUCCCGAAGGUCUAAAAGACAUGCCUUUAGAGGAGAUGGCGGAGGCGGCCGUGGCCUCCGCGGUCGCCGCGGUUUCGGACGAGAUAGGUGACAUACUCAAAGACGAGCUGGGAGAUGCCGAUCGUGCUGACCGCAUCGGUGCUGAGUUAGCAGACCUCAGCGCGGAGCUGGGCCUGCUAGCCGGGCUGGCGGACGAGCCGCAGCAAGACUUCCCCUCGCUCUACGAUAUAGCGAUGGGCCACCGCGGCUCUGGCAGCGGCUCUUCAUCAUCCUCAUGGUCAGGUGGCAGGGGGGGUAAGCAGCGGCAAUACCCGCAGAGGCCGAAGCGGACGCACCGACGCCGGCCCAUUGCCAAGGGGAAGGAGGCACUGCGACGUCGCGGCGCAGGCGCAGGCGGGGCGCGGGGGCGCGCCGCGGCGGCACCCUCCGACGCGUCCGACGUCGGCGCCGACUCCGACUCCGAUGACCAGUGGACUGAACUUGAUGAUGCUUGCUCGUCGGACAGUUCGUCGAUGAAGGAGACUGGAGCAGCGGCGGCGGACUGCGACGCGUACCAGCACGACGACAACGCCGAGGCUCCGGCGCUGGGCCAGUUCUUGCUGCCGCUGCUGAGCGCGGACACUCCUCGCGAAGACAAGUUCCUCAUCAGGCACGAGGAUAUAUUGCAGUUGUUGGCGUCGGCAGAGGAGACAGCGCGCGAGAGCCUCCCGCUGCCCGAGGACCUGCACUCCGAACAACAGCCUGACCAGUUGGCAGCGCCGGACAUGUUCACGUACGAGGAGCCGCCCGUCACGCCAGAGGAGGAGGCCGCACUUCUACACUACGUGUGCGAAGCGGAGCGACUCGCGUGCGAAUCAGACGAGACGCACUUCACGCCGGUGCCGGAGUGGCUGCUGGGCGUGUACCACUCGUGGUGCGAGAUAUCGGCGCUCAUGUACACGCUCGUCGGCACCAACAUGGCGAAGGACGGCAGCGUGGACCGCGUCAGCGAGGACUGGGUGUACCGAGCCCGGUUCGGCUGCCACUGUCGGCUGUGCCUCUGUCUCGCUAACAACUCUGUCGCGCUCGCGGUCUUCAUCAGGGACGUGGUUUGGGCCCUAGCUCAUGGUCGUAGUUCAGGCGGCGCGGCGGCGGGCGCCAUGCGCGCGCUGCGGCUGGGCGCCGAGCCCACCGCGCAGCACCACCAGCGCUGGGACCUGCCGCGCCUGCGCCGCCUGCUGCACCACAACAACGCCGCGUCCAUAAUCCACAACCAGCUGUGCCGCCUGGCGCUCGAGGGCGACAUCACGGAGCAGAUCGUCACCAAGAUAUGUCUGUGCAGGCAAUACGACAAACCUAUGGAGAUGCAGUAUGCGGUCGAGAGGUUUUGUAAGAUCUUAGAAAAUUUCAAAGCUGCAUCGAUGAUCACCUUCAAGGUGGAGAUGUUGCCGGCGGCGGGCGCGGCGGGCGCGGGCGGGGCGGAGGCGGCGCGCUGGGGCUGGGUGUCGGCGGCGCGCGCGCGCCUGCAGCGCUACCUCGCGCCGCACCAGCGCGCGCACACCGCGCAGCGCCUGCGCGACAUCGCGCAGCGCACCACGCCGCACGACCUGAGCGCGUGGUCCGGCUACAAGCAUCGCUGCGACUGUCUCACGCCGCGGACGCUCUGCGCACAGCAACGGAAACAACUGCUCAAUUUGGCGAAUAGAAUCUCGUGUUUCGGCAUGACUCAAGCGGCGACCGAUGCUGGCGUUAACGGCGCAACCGGCGACGCGCUCAGAGACAACGGGAAGCCCUCGAUCGACGUGAAACCGCAAACAUCAGACGGACAGUUACAACAAGGAAACGGCACCGGCGCAAAGCCACCAGAUACCGUGGAAGGGCAACCAGCGAACGACAAAGACUCAAACCACGAGAGCAGCGAUUCGAACCCCACCAACGAUCUCGAUGACAGCUCGUUCCUCACAGUAACCGAUUCGGACGCGAACUCCGGUACAGCGUCCCUCGGGCUGUCGACCUCGUCAUCCCUGGACUCCGCAUCAGAGCUGCUGCUGGCCGCAGCGGCCGCGGUGGAGUCCGGAGGGUCGGAGGGCGAGGCCGCGCCCGGGGAACUCUGCCGCACCGUCCGACACCUCAUGAGGUCCAUAGCGUCCAUAGAGAGGCUGAUGGACAGGGUGCUGAAGCAUUGUGAUGAAUGGCCAGCGCCGCCGAGCAGGAACGAUCACGAGGCGAGGAAACGCGUCGACAUGGGCCUCUCCGAGGUGGACAGGAAACUUAUGGCGAUGUACCGAAGGUUACCGGAGGUGCAUCGGAGGCAGCUACAGGUUUACAGGAAACAGAAGAAACUGUCCACGGUGUGCAUGCAGCUGGUGGGCGGGCGUGCGCCGGCGCCGCCGCCGCCGGGCUCGCCGCCGCCCGCGCCGCAGCACCAGCCCUGCCGCGCGCUCUGCCCCGAGUACCACCUGCAGAGGUUCAAGGAGGUACGUCGCAAGGUGAUGCAUAUGCGGGAUCAGCAGUUGUACUAUCAUAGAUUGAGGAUGUGGCUCGAAGACCAGCUCCGCCAGGAGAGGGAGAGUUUGCCAGAAAACAACGUAACUUUAAUAGACGACUUACCACGGCGCAAACGACGUACAGCCAGCCCGAAGGUCCCCAGACUCGCCACCGCGCCCAAACGGAAACUGAAACCGGUGUCGCCAUCUAUAAGCAAACCUCACAAGAUACUGCAAAUGUUGAAACACAAGGCGCCCGCGCAGACCACCGAGUUACUCACCGAAGAUAUCAAAAAUGAUGACGAUAGAUUGAAGGAAGCAGAUCCGCCCGAAGCAUUUCCGUUAGAAAGAGAAGAUAAUGUGAGUGAAACAGAGACCAUAGUGGGGGAGAAGGACGGAGAUCUAUGCAAGGAGAUGAAGGAGUGUCUAGCCAAGUUUGCCAACUUUGCCCUGAACAGCCCGGAUGGGCAGGAGUUUCCUGAAAAAUAUCCUGAAUCUGUCAGUCCACCAUUGCAAGAAAUGUCCCCAACUACUUCUGAACCUAUGCCAGUAUAUACCACCAAGCCGAGUCAAAGAUUGCUAGCCGUUAACAAGUUUUUAAAACGAAAUGAUAAGGAAGAGAAUGCAGUUGAGUUUCAACAGGUUGUGCCGGAGUUAAAUGUACCUCUCAACGCGAGAAGAACUCCACUUUUAGUCAAAGAAGAGAGUGAGAAAGAUAUAGAGAAUGAGGAAGCUAAAGAUCCCAAUAUUUAUAAGUACGUGACGUUUGGACUAGAAAUCAAAAAGGCAAUGGAAGAGUGUCAGAAUAUAAUAAAUUCCUAUAACAGUAUUAAAGAUAAGGAAGGGAAGGAGAAAGAGAGUGAUUCCCAAGAUGGUCCGUUAUCUCUAGAACAGAUCUGUGAAGUUAUGAUGAGUUUAGAUAAGAAUUCAGCUGAAUUUCUAGACAAGAUUGACGACGAUUCAGACAUAACUGUGGCUAAUACGAAGCUAGCUGAAUUAGUAGAAAAUAUGCCGCAAAUUCUGGCCAACAUGCCCGAAAUAGCAUCCAAAUUGUCCGAAUUUGCCAACGCUUCUUUCGAGCUGCCAGAAUUUGCGUCGAUAAUGAGCAGUCUGCCAGACGUGAACAACGAAGCACAACUAACGCCAGAAACAUUGAAGCAGAUUAGAGAGUUGAAACUAAAUAAGUCUAGAGAUAAUAUAAAAGUGACUAAGAAUACUGCUAAACGUAAAAGUAACCGUAAAAUUAAGAAUAACGAAGACCUAAGCAUGACCUUAGAGUUUGAUGGUAAAGACCUUAAUGAUCUGCUCAAAGAAGACAAUAUCCAAGCUAUAAUCAAAAGCAAAGGCAACAGUAGAGACGAUUUCAAAGAUCUAUUGUUUUCCAUAUCAGCUCAAGUUGUGAUAAAUAAAGUAUUUGAGUAUGUGAAACAGAAUAAAAGUCCCGAGUUAGCCAAAUGUUUGGAGGAAGGCAGAGAUCUCUUCUCUCUUCCGAAGAAGUAUAUCAACUCGGAAAUGUAUUCCGAAGCUUCUACGCUUUUUGACAAUUCAGUUAAAGACGCCUUUAGUAUGGAAGAGUUGAGAGAAUUAGUAAAAUCAAGAUUUAACGCUUGGAAACAAUAUGUUGCUACAAAAUUUAAAAGCAUACCAAUAGAAUUGCUCGAGAAUGAAAUAGAAACAAUGCUUGUUAAGUUCUAUAGUUAUAUACAAGAUUUGGCAGCGAAACAGUGUAUUAACGAUAGCGAUGUGAUAAUAGAAAAAAUAGACGAAAUGAGAAAGAAUACCGACUUGAAUAACGAUUCUGAUAGCGACUGUCCAGCGUCCAAGGAGUCGUUGAAGCAAAUAACCAAAUUAUUAAGCACUUCCGCGGGAAAUACAUUCGAUUUGCUAAUAAUGAAACUGUCCAAAAUGUCUCAAGAUAAAAAGACCGCUGUCAAAAGUCUCAAAUUUAAAUACAUGGACGUUAUCAAGCGAUGUUCGGAGUCGCAACAGUUAGCUGCUUGGAUAUUGAUAGACCCCGAUAUAGCGACAAAGGUGAUACAAGAGUUGACCGGAUUGCCGAUCAAAAAGACGGACAACGUGCCAGACUUCACGUCGUUAUCAAACGAGAAGAAAAAGGAUUACUUCGUGGAAAGAUUGAGAGAGAUGAACCGAUUGUACAUGGAAACAUUGCCGAAGAAAGCUUUGACGGGCGACGAAUGGCUAGUAAUGCUUUAUAAGCAGGAACAGUUGGAAGUGAAGCUCAAAGAGGCUUUCGCGAAGAUAUCAGCUCCGGCGAAGAGCACUCAGACGAAUGCGAGCGAAGCGGAAAUUUUAGCAGCCAAAGGCUUGAGCAAGAUCAUAGGUAAAGCAAACGUUCGUCCGGUAAAGAAAGCUGAACCGCCGAAACCGGUGAAAAGGGAAGAGAAGAAGGAAAAACCUAAAGAGGAAGACGAUAAGAAAUGCAAAAACGACGCCCUGCUAGCGAAAUGUGAAGCAAUAUUGACAUCGAAAGGCGAGAAAUCGCUACUCGAUAGUUUCUACACGAUAAAAUCGUACAUCACUCAAGGCCUGCCCGUUCCGGAAUCGUACAAAAAGCACGUCAUAUCGAUAUGCUCUAGUAUCGAUGCGAAGUUACUCGACGAGGAUAUAGAAGAGUCUCUCAAAGGCGAAGAGGAAGAGAAUAAGACGCCAAUGUCCGUCAUAGGUUCCCAAAACCCCGAAGAGUUGGCGAAAUAUUCCGCUCAAGCGUUGCGCAAUGCAAAACAGACCUUAAACGCAGUGGCAUUUAAGAACAUGAUGCGGCAGACUAAGUCGGAAAGCGAGGCUUGCGACACGCCCAACACCGACUGCAAAUGGACUAGCGACUGUAUUUGUAAUAGCUGUAAGGAUGAUUCUUCGGUGUGCCUCGGUGAUAUCGUGAAGCAGUGCUAUGAGGACGGGAAGAAGGGACUGGAGAAGAAGGAAGUGAAGGUUGCCAAAACUCCGGUUAAAGUUGCCAAACCGGUGCCAAAGGCUUGUGAGAAUGCGUCUCAUCAGCAACACGUUUGUAAAGUGGGGCACACCGGCGGCGCGGGCGGCGCGGGCGGCGCGGGCGCGUGCGCGGGCGAGGGCGGCGCCGACCAGCCCUGCAGCUGCUGCUACUGCACCGUGUUCGGACACGCCCCACCUCUCACGACGCCUGUGCCGCGAAACUUCAAUGAAACAAGAGAACGACUCCGUUCCAUACUAAACAAGAAGAAAAUGCAGUGCAAAUCGUCCAAUGGUGAAGCGGAGUGUCCUGAGAAGAAGCAAGUCAGCGUGCAGACGCAGGCGACGGAGGCGCCUGCGCAGCAUCCUAAGGUCGCGAAGCCACCGCAACCAGCACCCAAGCCGCCGGCCCUGCCGAAAACCCUCCCACCGAAUCUGACGUCUGCGCAAGCGCAACAGAAACGCGCACAACAGAACAUGGACGCGCAACAGCGCGCGCUCGCCGACAAAAUGUCCAAGAUGGCGGUCACAGACAAACAGCCCGACAACAAGCCUAAGGUUUUGCAACGUACGGUCCCUGUUCAAGUGAACGUUGCGCCUGCGCUCAAGGCGGAGGGCAAGGUGAAUCCGAACGCGAUGGAGCAGAUUCGAUUACAGCAAAUGAAACAACAGCAGCAAGCGCAAUACCAGCAGCAACUGCAACAGCAGAUGCAGCACGCCGCGCAGCAACAGAAGAAGCCGGAGCCGAUAUACGACCUGCCGAUACACAACAAGCCGACGCUCACGCCGCAGCAACAGCAACAAAUACGGCAGCAACAGCAACAGUUACAACAACAACAGCAGCAGCAACAGCUUCAACAGCAACAACAGCAGCAACAACAGCAAGCACAGCAGGCGGCACAGCAGCGGCAGAGCAGGUCUCAGCAGCAGCGCAGCACCGUGUCACUCUCCAGUCGGGAUACGAGCGUGUUCUCCACUUCAUCAGGAUGUUCUGGCAGUAGCGGCGGUUCGUGGUGGCGCGGCGGCUGCGCCCGCGGCGAGGACCCGCGGGACCUCGACGCCUUGCUGCAGUACAUAGAGGGACCCGCGCGACACGUCGACAGGUCCAAGAAACGGGCCAAGAAACAGCGGCAGAAGGCCAAGAGGGCGGAGGCGCGGCUGGCGGAGGAGGCGUGCCGCCUGCGCUCGAGCCUGGUGCGCGCGCAGUUCGAGGCGGAGGCCAUGCGCGCCGCGCACCACACCGCCGCGCGCCGCCUGCGCGACGCACGCGCCGCGCGACCCGCACGGCGACAGGCCGACAGGAAGGGCAAGAAGCAAAAACUAAACCCAACUCAACAAGCGAAAGUUCAACUUGUAGCGGAGCAGCUUGGUGAACUGACGACGCUCAUGAACACCACGGCCAAGGAAAUGAAUGCAGCGGAAAAGCAGGUGGAGGACUGUAUGAAAAGGCUGGAGGAAUGCGAGCAGCAGCUGGCAGAAGCGAGGGCGGUGCAGGGCAAGACGGAGCGACCGCCUCCGCAGUCCAAGCUGGAGAAAGCAGCUCUAUUGGCGAAGCAACAGCACAUACAACAGCAACAGUUACAGCAACAGCAACAGCAGCAGUUGCAGCAACAGCAACAGUUACAGCAGCAGCAACAGUUACAGCAGCAGCAACAGUUACAGCAGCAGCAACAGAUGCAAAGGCAGCGACAGUUGCAAAUGAUCGAGAUUGAAAAGCAGAAGAUGGAGAAAGAGAAAGCCGAGGCAUUCAUGACUGGCGGUAACAUGGUGAUGGUGAGACGGGUGGCGGGCGACGGCGCGGUCACACUGGCCAUGCCAACCGUGACCACUAACCAGCACAAUGUGAAUGCAAUGACAGCGUGCGAGCAGCCCGCGCCGGCCUCGACGAAAACAAUUGACAAUCAACGCAAGCAGACCUGGGAGCAGGCGAUAGCGCACAUCAACCAGCUGGCGAAGGGCGCCAAUAAAGAAAAGAAAAAACCUAAAGAGCAACCAAAACAGGAGCCGAAACCAAAGGAGCCUUCGAAGGCGAACGACGCGGGCGCAGAGUCGCGCACCAUGUCCAAGAAACAGAAGAGGUUACUCGCCAAGAUGCAGGCUGAAGAAGAAGAGAAGAAGAAACAGCAGCAACAAGAAACCAAACUGAAAAAGGCCGAAGCGAAAAAAGCUGAGACACCCAAAGCGGAAGUGACGAAGAAAACGGAAAAGAAACCGGAGCCGGUCAAGAAGGCUGACGUGGUGAAGAAAAAGGAAGACAAAAAGGAGAAAAAACAAGAGAAAGUCGUGGAAAAGAAGAAGGAUAGUAAACAGGAGAAGAAUGCACCAACUCCCACCGCCAAGCCCGCCAAGCAGCCGCAAGCGCAACAAAACAACAAGAAGGACAACAAGAAGAAGGAUCAACAACAGCAACAACAGAAGCCUCAAGUGAUCAACAUCACGCCCGACACGACUAUAGAGAUCGUUAGUAAGAAGAACCAGUGCGCCUCGGAGCCAGAGAAGCCGGCGUCCUGCAGCAUCAUGGAACAGCUUAGCUGCGGGGUACAGGUGGCCGAUCUGAAACUGCCUCCAGGCAUCACGCUGACUCGAGUCCAACCCACCGAGAAGAAGGAACCACCGUCUAUCAAGUCUGUGCCGCUGUGGAAGUGCAACCAGCUGCCGGCCACUCCGACGCCGGUGGCGCGGCCGCCGCCCGUCAUCAACGCGGACCCCGCCAUGAUGAUGUUCAGCACCGCGCAACCCGAACAACCGAAGACAAUUCUAAUACCGGAGCCGCCUCCGCAGCCGGCGAAAUCGAAGAAAUCCAAAAAGAAAGCGAAAAAGGCGGCUAGCGAACCACCAGUCGAGACCAAAGCGGACGGCACCAAGAUGGUGACGCUGCGCAACCCGAUGUUCCACCCUAACCUACCACCGGUGCAGAUAACCAACAACCCAGCGCCGAAGAAGGAGCAGAUUCGACUACCCGACCCUAUACCAAUGCCGCCGAACGCGUGCCAAGCGACAAUAACACCUACGUCGAACGGAAUGUACACCAUACGCAAUCCUUUGAUGUCGAUAAUGCAUCAGCAAAGUUUGAUGGGCAUGCGCAGUCAGACGCCGCAUACUGUGACACCGUUCAACCAGCAGUACAACUACGUCAAUCCUAACACUUACCAGCCGAACAACUACGUGGUGGAACAGCGGACUUCGCCGAAACACGAAGACUACCAAAGCCGGAUUUCGAACCUCGCCUCGUUCACGCAGAAGAAUGAUGAAGGUUACUCGUUGUUCAAGACGCCCGAGGACACGCAGCAGAGGUCGUUUCUGACGCCGGAGUACUACGUGGACAACAGUAGUCCGAAGCCUGUGGUGUCGCCUAAUCCGAUCGGAACGCGUCCGAGCGAGUCGAGGAGUUUCGAGUCGAACGAUUCGUCGUUGUUCGCUAAUCCGAUACAGCGGCCCGAGCCGAUCGGUACGCCUUUGAAAAGAGACGAGAGUGAGUUCAGCGGGGGAUUGUACACGCCGUUUGGUUUGCAGGACAGAAACGUCUUCAGGAACGCGUUGUUCAGCGAUAAGUCGGACAUUGGUGCCAACGUUGGUAAAGUUGACGACAUUGGUCCCAACCACAUGGCCAACGGGGACCAACUGCCGUACUUUCAGAGGUUGCGCGUCGGCUCCAAGCUGAACAAUGAAGUGACGAUACACCACGUGACCGAGUCGAAGUUCUACAAGGGGCAGGAGCCGUCCCACCCGGACUGCUUGCAAGCAGACGAGUCUAUGUUCAGCCGACACCCGUGGUCGGACUCGAUGCACCCGCAGACCGCGCAGAACACCGGUGAGUCACCGCAUCUAACUCAGUCCAGUGUGUUCCUCCCCGAUCGGACAAUAACGAACCUGUCGACCUUGGAGGCUGGCGAGAGAGAGAUCGAGUCGUUCAAACGGUUUGAGUUCUAUUUUGAACCUCCACAACAUAAGCCCAAAGUGCAGUUGGACGUGCGCGACAUCGCCGCAGCGUUGAGACAGAAUCAUAAGUAAUGACUUGACAUUAGUGAAACUUUGGCAAUUUUUGAUUACUGAAAAUACGGUGAAGAAAUCGAUCAUUUACAUUAUUAAUUUUAUUGUUUUUUUUUUUUUUAUUUUAUUUUUUUACUGGUAAAGCACUGAGCCCUCUUCAUCUGAUGGUAAGUGGAAUAGGGUCCAAUAUGUCUCACGAGAGAUGAUCGAGAGAACUGGGUAAACAUAUCCGGUUCCAACAGGAAUAAUUGUGUCGCCUGUCGAGUGGUGAUCUCUCGUCAGUCGACAUUCUAUUGGAACUCCGCUUACCAUCAGGUCCAGUGGAGUCACUUUGUCGUGUUUAAAUAAAAAAUACUACAUAGAAAGUACACACAUAUACCAUUUGUAUCGUAAUGAAUGCAUACGUAAGGGACUAACUAAUUAUUCAGCUUCAUUCGCGUUUCGCUGAACAAUUCUGGUUAUACUUAUAGUUCCGUUUUACUUAAGAAACGAUUGCUCACGGUAAAAUAAUUUCAUUUAGUAUUUGGACAGUCGUAUGUUCAAUAUUUUCAUAGUUUCGCUUCUUUCAGAAGAAAUAGAAAAUUGGAACGUAAUAAAUUAAAACGCAUACGAUAGUGAAUCGACCCUCUCAGUAGAUUUAGAAAUUUGGUCGGAGAAUACGCGACAUUAUUACUCAAUUUACAAGAAAAUAAUAAAUCAUUACAAAACUAGUGUUUUCUGUGGAGAAAAGCUGAAUAAGUGUAAUUAUUCCCUUAUUUAAUACUUUCUAUUAACCUCACACUGAUAUGCCGAAUAUUAUAUUUUAUAAACGUAUUCAUGACCUUAAUUAAUGUAUCUUAAUUUUGGUAGAGUUUCAAAAUUAAUAAAAUUUUAUUUACACUAUAUGUUACAUAAAGUAGAGAUUCGCUUGUAUUCUGUUUAAAAAAUUGUCAAAUAAGUUUCACAAUUACUAUAUCGAUUUUGACUGUACUUUAUAACUAUGUAAAAAAGAAUUAUGAAGUUCAAAAAGUUUUUUUAUAUAGAGCGGACAUUAGUUAGAUUGUUAUACAAAAAUGUUGCACUUAUGUGAUGGUUACUCAAUCUACUGGGAAUUUUUUUUCUCGAGACUUUCCCGCCCUCACAUUCGCUACAAGUCCUGUAAGGAUCAGCAGUGGCAUGGUAUGACACCGAGCGGUGAAGCUCGCCGAGUCUCAGGGAAAACUAAUAUGUCAUUAUCCCGCAACGAUAAUCAAAUAGAUAGGGAGGAAUUGGAAAUAACAAAACAUUGUAAAUUUAAAAUUAAACUAUUUUACGGAUUUAUCUCGGUUUUAAUAUUUUACCGCUGAAACCCCGUGACCAUGAAGGCUGCAAAGUCUUCGAAACGUCGGGAGAAAAGUAAAAUAUUAAAACCGCGAUAAAAUCCGACAAAUAGUUUAAUUUGAAAUGUCUAACAUUCGCGUAAACUUAAGAAAACAUUGUAAAAUACUUCAUAUUGUUUCCAUAUCGUGAUUUGCACGUUUCUAAUGCGAAUAUUAGCAUAUUUUCUGUAAAUAUUUUUUUGUAUUAACAUCUAAGGACGCUGUGACAUCUUGACGGACAUUUCAAAUAAGACUUAUUACCAAUCGAUAAUAACUUUUGGAGCAAAAAUUACUUCCUGAUGUCCGCUCUAUAACUAACUAUAUAGUUUAAUAUCUUUGAUCAUGUUCAUUUAUAUGUUUUCAAUGUAAGGCCGUUCAAUUAUUACGUAACGCAAUUUUUUAAGGUUUUUUUAAUCCCCCACCCGACCAUGUAACGCGCCGUAACGUUUCCCUGUACCCCCACUCUCGCUACAUAAGUUACGUAACUCUAAAGUGACUUUUUUUUCUAAUGUUCACAAUUAUGUCACGCAAAGUACCGGAAAGUCGCUAAAAUAUCUUUAUAGUUUUAAAAAUAAAAAAACAAUGUUACAUAACGCGUUGUACGAAUCCUCCCUCCCGCGCCUGUAACGCGUCGUAACGUUUUACGAGACCCCCCCCCUGCAAGUUACGUUACGUAACACUUCAACGGCGCCUAAUAUGUUGGAUGUUGUAUCAGUUGAUAUACAAGGCCUCAUCCUCUAUGAUAAUGUAAACUCGUACCGUGUUACGUCAUCUUCGUGGAAUUAGCGUGGAAUGGCAUCUGUAUGACAAUUUCUGUUUUAAACGCAAAGCGUUGCAUUACAUUCAUGUUACGCUCAGUCAAAAUAGCGUAAAUGACAGAGAAAUAAUUGCCUAGUGUGUAAAGUGUGUACAGUAGAAACCGGAUAUAACGACUCCGGUUAUAGCGAAGUACCGGUUAUAACGACUAUCGGAUAUAGCGAUUAAAUUCAGUGAUCUCUUCGGUGUCCGCUUCACCGGUUUUCACUGUAUAAUACUCUAAAUAUCGAUAGUGAAGUCGCAUUCUAUAAUCGAUUAUGUGAAAUACUCAACAUUUUCUAUCGAUACGUUAUGUGUCGAUGUUAAUUGAUUUAACUGCCCGAUACUGAUUAUUGAUAUCGAUAUUCGAUAAUUUAUUUGAUCACGUAUAUUCGUAUAUAUUUGUUUUAUUUCGCUUCGAUAAGAUUGAAAAGAGAUGGCUUACUUAUGGCUUUGGAAAGUAUGCUAUCUGUUUCACACAGUAGACGGAAUUAAUAAUUAAAUCUAUUCAAUAUUUAUUUAUAAUUAUAUAGAAUAAUGCUGUCUUUAUCUAUCCUGGAGAUUUAGAAAGAGAUCAAAAAUUUAUUUUGAAUGAUGUACUUGCAUUUUAUUAGUACAAACCUAUUUCUAUUAUUUACAUCUAAUUAUGUGACAUGACAAAACUAUAUUUUAUAAUAUAGAAAGUAUGCUGUCUCUUUCCUUUACUAAAAGAUAAACAGAGACGGUAAAUUAUUAACUACAACUAUGUGACAAAGAUGAAAAUAUUGACUAACGCUAUCUUUUUCAUUCCUAAGGAGAUAGAAAGGGAUAUUGAAUGACAAACAUGCAAUACAAUUGACGAUUCUCAAAUAUUUUCUGUCUUUUAUAUAUAUAAAACAGACUACACACUAUUUGUAAUAUCAAUGCAUGAUUAAUUGUUGUACAUUCGUGCGACUGUCGUGACGUGUGUGGUCUGUUUAAAGAACUAGAAAGAGAAAGAGCAUUAAAAGGAUUUAAAAAAAUGUAAGACAGAAAUCAAUUGGAGAUAAAAAUGACGAAAAAAAUAAUUUGAGUGUUAAAUCAUAUAUUGUACUAAUAUAUUGACUAUGUUCUAACCCUUUCACUCUCAUAGAGUUAAAAAAGGAUGGACAUAUAAUUUGACCGUUAAAAUUGUAAAUUAUACCAAUAUCGACCCUAUGCUCUACCCCUUUCACUCUCAUAGAGUUAAAAAAGGAUGGAAGUAAAUAGUGACAUACUCUGAAUGAGAUGGAAAUUAUAUUGACUAAUGACCUUUUUCACUAAACAGUGGAAAAACCUCAAUUUUGACAUACAACGGUGACGUAUCGAUUAGCUGUCUCUCCCGCUCUCAGCGAGCGGAAAAGAGACAGAAACAAGCUCAAAGUGACACGGGGCGUUAAACCAAACGGACUGACAUUAGCAAAUUGUAUUAUUGAAAUAAAGAGAGUUCAUAAAUCUACUGUAAACAUAAGCAAACUGCGUUAUUUGUCAGCGACGCUGGCGCCGUUGCGAUUGGCGGUGAGGUUCGGAACUAAUCUGUAUAGAAAUCUGAAGACUUUGUUGAUACAGUUUUUGUGUGGCCGUCGAGUCGUGCGACUGAUUUGUCGAUAGUGUGCGAGCGGGUAAAGACAAUCGAUUGAUUCUAAACAGUCAGACAUAAGGACGUUUAUAGAGUUCAUAAAAUGUCGACCUGUACCGGACUAGCCAUCCUAAUUCCGAUAGGUCGUGUUUAGAAAUUGCAGAUUAAAAUCGAUCUUUGUUGACAAAGCAGUCGUGCGACAAAAAAUCGCGAGCGUGCGCCAGCGCAGCUGAUGCGUGUUUAUUCGUAUAACUAAUAGUCAGCGGUCCUAUGUUUGUCGCUGAAGGUUGUAAUGUAAGUAAAGUGUAUAUUGUAAUAGCCGA